AUGGCUGUUGUUUCCGGAACCGGAGUAGGAGAUGUUGACGUGGGUGAGGGUUUUGAAGUUUUAGGUCCACAGAAUGAGGAGUCCCACCAGCCAGAAAUGGAAGUGUCUCCAGUUGUCUCCGAAAAUGUUCCCGUCCCGGCCCCUAUGGAAGUAGACCCUAUGGUAGUUCCUAUCCCCGAUGAGAGUGAUGAUGAUGAGGAUUUGUUGUUCGGCGAUGACUGUUGCUUUUUCACCCAGCCUGCGGAAGGGCAGGUGUGGGAACUGACUCUGCGCGAGACGGCGGUCCCGGUUGCUGAUCUUCCUUCGGAAAGCGAGGCUCUUCAGUACAUCCUUCUUGCCUCCGAUGAGAAGAAGAGGAGGGUGGAAGUUAACAUGCGUGAUCUCAGUAGGCAAGAAAGGGAGCUGUUUGACACAGCCAAAACGAAGGAAGUGAAGGCAUGGAUGGACCACAGAACGGAGAUGGUGCAAGCGCUGGAGCGUGCUGGGACUGAAGAUCCGGAUCCUUUCAUGCCGGCCUCGGAUGUCAAGGAUGUCCAUGUCUACGGCUACCGGGUCACCCAGCCUAUGGCAUUGCUGGAUGCAGCGGAAUAUGGUGCCUUGGUCGGCCAUUCCCCGCUGGAGCUCAAGAAAUCCUCCAAGCCGAUCAAGCCUCUAUCGAUUCCCUUUCAUGGGCCUGGAGCCAGCUCUGUCAAUUACUAUCCUGUGGACCUCGGCGGGCUCCCAGUGGAUGUUCAAAACUCGUGCCGGCGGCUAGAGGUCUUCUGGAGCUCGGAGACCGUGCACGAUGAAACGUUUCUGAGCCAGCUACCACAGCUCACCCAAAGCCAGCCUCAGCACGUCUUUGCUCACAUAGCUUCGGCCGCCUUUAGUGCCCGUGGUGAGAAAGCACGGCCGGCUGCGCAGCGACGGCACACCCUUGCAGAGUUGAAGGCAACGCACCAAGAGGUGCAAAGCCAGCUCAGCCAACGAGCUGUGGCUUCAGCGGCUGCUGCCACUCUGAGGAUGAUGAGACGGCCACCCUGCUCCGCCGCAGAGGAGGCGAAAGCCAAGGCGAAGGUGCAAGCUACGCCGCAGCAAACACCGCCUCCAGCAGAGAGCCUCCCCAGCACCGCCACUCCGGUGACUCCGGUUCUGGUACCAACAAGCAGGUUGAGGAAUCAGUUCAAAGGGAAGGAGGGUGAUGACGAGGUCUUCAGCCAAAGCACGGCCAAUGCCAAGGAUGCUUUCUUGGACAAGCUUGAUCCUGAGAUGAGGAAGGUUGCAAUGAAGCAUCGUGGAGCGAGUGUGAAGAGUUUGAAGGACCUGGCCAAGCGCAUCGUGGAUGGUUUGAGGACCAAUAAAGAAUCGGUGGCAGCGAAUUCCCUGGAAGAGCGCAUCGAGGAAUGCGAACACUGCUUGGCUUUGAACUCGUCGAACCUCCUCAACCCAAGCCAGGUCGCAGCACAGCAGCUCAUGGUCCACAUCAAUUGCACAAAGAGCCUGUGGGACAAGUACCCCUACCAGCUCCAGCUGAGCUUGGCUCAGCGAUUCGCAACGGAUGAGUUGAAACUUGCUGCCCAGACUUUCAAGGUAAAGGGGGAUUGGACAGACCCUGCUGACAAGUUCUUGUCGUUCUACUUGUGGGACGAUGCAGACGACGGGGAGCUGCCGGCCUUCCAAGCCGACUCCGCCAGCUUCAGCCAGACGCUGAAGUUCUUGCUUCGCGAUGCAGAUGAUUUGCAAGAGGCCUUCAUGAUCGACGACUUCGAUGAGGACCUGGACAUGGACAUGUCUCUCCCGGAGAAGUCCGAGAAGCAGAUGGACGAGGCGGCAUACGAGGAGAAGAAGACAGGCGAGGAGAAGAACACAGGCGAGGCGAAGAACACGGGCGAGGCGAAGAACAGGGGCGAGGAGACAAGGGCCGUCGUCCUGAAGUCGGCUGCCGAGGUCACAGUUCGGCAGCUAGGAGCCAGGAUCUUGCAGCUAGUAUCCCUGCAGCUGGCGCUGGCCGAUGCUAUGAAAGAGGUGUUCCUCGAAGAUGCCUUUGUCGAGCAGAUCCAGGGACUGCCGUCCACCAACGAGUUCGUGCUUUACGUCGCACGAGGGUUCUUGAAGUGCGCCACCGACCAAGCAGACAUUCUCAAGACUUUGAGCGCCACACCGCUCUUCCAGGCAAUCACUGAUGCAUGGGCCCAGGUCACGCGCAUGAUGAGGGCGCUGCUUCUUGGCUUGGGGAAAGCUGAAGAUGCAUCGGCGUCGGCGGCGGACGCCUUUUGGUAUGCGCAGUAUAGUGGAUCGUCCUUUUUCGACCGAAGCGUGAAAGGUGUGCUGCAGAAAUCUAGCUGGUGGCAGGCACAGCUUGCCGACAUAGCUCGAGUUGCGGGCGCCAGGCCCCUUUUGCAGCCGAAGAUCCUCCGGCUUGAAGAGCUUGUGGGCGUGGAGAGUGGCGAGAGCUUGUCGGGCAGCCAGUUGAAAGAGCUGGUGCACUUGCUGGAGGAAGUAAGGCCAGCUCUUCGACAAGGUGAAGUCGAAGAGCUUUCCAAGAAAGCAGAGAACGUGGCUCGAAGUGCUGCCACAGCCCUGCAAGCCACCACAGACUUGACCAACCUCUCUGCAGCGAAGGUCGAGAGCCUCGCCAAGCUUUUCCAGAUGUUGGCGCAUGUGCCGGGUGUGCCCUCGGCUGCCGAGGAGUUCCAAAAGUGGUCGACUAAGAGUUCCCAGCACCUGACGGUCAACAGCCUUCUGGAGUGCAUGAAGGUAGCGACCCGUUCGGAGAUUGACUUUGUGAAUCUCCGGCAAAGCUUGGAGGCCUGUAGCACUCUCCAGCCCUCAAAGGCCACGAUGAUCCCCUUCAUUGUCUUUAUCAGAAUUGCCCUCCUCCACUUCGCUGACAAGGCUUGGCUUGGGCUAAGGCUUAGCUGGUGGUGUUGGGUGCAGGCUGGGAAGUUAGGCUGUUAG